CGCCUCGGCCCGCGCCUCCCGGGCAGGCUAUGUUGAUAGUCCCGCCGGGGCCGGCCCGCGGGAUUAGCACAGCCCGGGCCGCGGCCCCGGCGGCCAGCGGGGACUAUGAAUCGGAAAGCGCGGCGCUGCCUGGGCCACCUCUUUCUCAGCCUGGGCAUGGUCUACCUCCGGAUCGGCGGCUUCUCCUCGGUGGUAGCUCUGGGCGCGAGCAUCAUCUGUAACAAGAUCCCAGGCCUGGCUCCCAGACAGCGGGCGAUCUGCCAGAGCCGCCCCGACGCCAUCAUCGUCAUAGGAGAAGGCUCACAAAUGGGCCUGGACGAGUGUCAGUUUCAGUUCCGCAAUGGCCGCUGGAACUGCUCCGCACUGGGGGAGCGCACCGUCUUCGGAAAGGAGCUCAAAGUGGGGAGCCGGGAGGCUGCCUUCACGUACGCUAUCAUUGCCGCCGGCGUGGCCCACGCCAUCACCGCUGCCUGUACCCAAGGCAACCUGAGUGACUGCGGCUGCGACAAGGAGAAGCAAGGCCAGUACCACCGGGACGAGGGCUGGAAGUGGGGUGGCUGCUCUGCCGACAUCCGCUACGGCAUCGGCUUCGCCAAGGUCUUUGUGGAUGCCCGGGAGAUCAAGCAGAAUGCCCGCACUCUCAUGAACUUACACAAUAACGAGGCAGGCCGAAAGAUCCUGGAGGAGAAUAUGAAGCUGGAGUGCAAGUGCCACGGGGUGUCGGGCUCGUGCACCACCAAGACGUGCUGGACCACGCUGCCACAGUUCCGGGAGCUGGGCUACGUGCUCAAGGACAAGUACAAUGAGGCCGUUCACGUGGAGCCGGUGCGCGCCAGCCGCAACAAGCGGCCCACCUUCCUCAAGAUCAAGAAGCCGCUGUCUUACCGCAAGCCCAUGGACACAGACCUGGUGUACAUCGAGAAGUCACCCAACUACUGCGAGGAGGACCCGGUGACGGGAAGCGUGGGCACGCAGGGCCGCGCCUGCAACAAGACGGCCCCACAGGCCAGCGGCUGCGACCUCAUGUGCUGCGGCCGCGGCUACAACACCCACCAGUACGCCCGCGUGUGGCAGUGUAACUGCAAGUUCCAUUGGUGCUGCUACGUGAAGUGCAACACCUGCAGCGAGCGCACCGAGGUGUACACUUGCAAGUGAGCCCGGGACUCGCUGCGCCGCCCUCUCCAGCUGCAAGUCAGACGGCAGGGAGGACUGGACAGCUUCCAAGCUGCAAUCACCCUGGUGGGUCUCUCCCCGGAUCUGCACGGGGGACCGCAGGAACGCUGCGCUUGUCUUUUUCUGCUGUAGGGACACGUCUCCUGGGGUUUCUGGUGGGCGCCUGUAGGAAAGAUUUCUCCAGAGCCCUUGACCGUUCUCUUCCUCACCCGCUGCUGCACCACCCAACCCCAGACACCGCCAGGGGCCCUCCUUGGCCUGAGGAGCAGAGCCUUUUCGCACCAGGAACCCUGGACCCUUGGGCCCCAACAUAGCAAUAUUUAACAAUUUAUUCUGAUAAAAAAUAAUAUUAAUUUAUUUAAUUAAAAAGAAUCCUUCCACCUCGUCAGGAUCCGUUUUCUGCAAUCAAAGUGGACUGCCUGCUUUCCUUGCGGGAUAAUUGUGUCACUAGGGCACGGAGCCGAGUAGGACUGUACAUAAUUAUUCUUUAUGCAGAUAUUUCUACUAGUCAGUUUUGCAAGUACGCCCUUGCAGCACUAGAUGUUUAAGAGCAGAUGUCCUUUAUACAUAUAGAGAUAUAUAUACACACACAUUUAUAUUUUUUUGCUGUUUGCUGCUACUUAUCCAGAAAUCUAAGCUGGUCCAGAUUUAGAGACGUUUCCCAUCCUUGAGUCCUUCCCAGCUCACACUGAACACCAGUAGAAAAAUCCAGUUUGGAAUUUGGAGAGAGAGGAAAGAUAAUAAUAAAACUCCCAGCACUUUCCAUCUUUUGGGAAGUGAGCCACUGGAUAAGAGAAUAUUUUGUAAGAGACUAUUUUUAUAUGAAUAUUUUAUUUAUAUCAAGUCUGCCUGUAUCAUUCCAUGGCCUGUGCUUCUUCUCAAUUCCGGUCCUCUCUUUGGGGUAAGGAGGAGCGAGGCCUGGUCCCCAUGGAGACCCUCCCCGAGCUGGGUUCUUGAGUUCUGUUGGCCAAGUGGGCAAAAGCGGUCCCUGGGUGCCUGGACUGAAGUGUCCUGGGUGACACCUGGGAAAGGAUUCAAUGACCCCCCCCCCGGCAGCACCCCCACCCCCAGCCUCAGCCUGUUAGGCUCGGGCCUUUUUGAGCAGGGGCCCUGAGCAGUGACCUCAUGACGAGCCAUGUGGCAGGCACGGCGGAGCCCUGGGUGACCAGCACAGGGCUCAGUCGUCGCCACUCAACAGAAACCAGCUCAGGGAGGCUGUUCCUCACCAGGGUGCCCCUGCCACUGCCUUGUGUUUCUAGAGGUGAGGCUCUGUCCUCAGUUACAGGGCAGAAAACCUGGGGUGAGGGGUCCCAUGGACGGCAGGGCUCAGCAGGGCUUCCUGUGGAUGUCACAGUCCCUGGGCAGAUGGGCAGAGAAGUGUAGACAAGGACAAGUGUAGACUCUCUGCUCUGGGUCCUCACACAUCCAGUGCCUCUCGACCCAGAAAGCUCUCCCCCAAGAGGCCAUGGGUGUUCUAAUCUGUGUCCGUUUGCAUUUCCGUGUGCACGCUUGUGUGUGUGUGUGUGUGUGUAGGACCUUCAGGAGUCUUGGGGUUGCCAUGUGACUUUGUACCUCCAAGCACCUCUGGGGUCCUAAUGUGCACUCCCACGUUCAUCCAGCUACGUGUGUGUCUCUCUCCACGUGCCUGAGAGAUUCAGGGUGGUGUGUGCAUGUGGGUGUGUGGCCAUGCAUCUGCAGGUCCCCAGGUGUCUCUGCUUGCGGGUGACGUGUGGUGUGAGGCAGACCACAGGGACCUUUGGCAAUUGUGUUGAGCCAUCAGGGGAGGGCACCUCUGGACUCUGUGCCCACAGACACUGGCGAAACUCAGAUACCUCUGAGACCACAGCCUGAUGGCCCCAUGCACUGGGCGCCCCCCGGUGUCUAGGUUGUGUUGGACUCCCCAAUGUCGGUGCUGGGCCUGGAUCACAGCAUGGACAAAUAAAAUGGCUAAAUGGUUGGUUGAUUUCUUCCCUUGGA